AUGCAAAUUCCAUCACAUGGGAGUUUCAGAGAAAUGCACUAUAGAAACCGCAACAGAAAGGGGCAUACUGCCCGUUUCUGUAAAGCCACAACACAAACCAUCUCUCAAGUCCCCGUUGCGGGAGUAAUUCAAGUUUGCUAUGAGUGUGGUGAAAUCGGGCAUUUCAAGAGAGACUACCCAAAGACAACAAAUGUUGACGGUGUGGGGAGCAUUUUGGCAAUUUGCCACGAAGAAGCGAUGACAGAUCCUACCGUGGUGAUUGCUACGUUUCUUCUCAACAAUUCUUACGCUUGCAUUCUUUUUUAUAGUGGUGCAGAGAAAAGCUUCAUAAGCCAUAAAUUUAAACAUCUACUAAAACAAAAUCUCCAAACAUUAAAACAUACAUUCACAGUAGAGACGGCAAAUGGAAAGACCAAGAACACAAAUGACAUAUACAUAGGAUGCACACUUACUCUGAACAACCAUUCAUUUCAAAUUGACCUUAUGCCAGUCUCAAUUAAAAGAUUUGACAUUAUCAUCGACAUGGAUUGGUUAAGUCUUCACCGUGCUGAUAUCCUAUGUUAUGAAAAAGCCAUUCGUCUUAAUCUGCCAACUCACGUGGUUGAUAAGACACAAGAAGUGAAAACCAUCAAUGAUAUCUUUGAAGUCUGUGAUUUCCUUGAUAUCUUCCCCGAAGAUCUCUUAGAAGUUCCUCCUGAACGCCAAGUCGAAUGUCGAAUCGACUUGAUUCCCGGAGCUACCCUCGUAGCCAAAUCCCCGUAUGGUCUUGCACCAUCAGAGAUGCAGGAACUAUCUAGCCAGAUAAACAACCUACUCAGCAAAUGA